AUGGGGUUCCGCCCGCAGAUACCAUCGUUCCUCGCCUCCACGUGGUUGUCACAGGUCAUGAUCAUUUUAGCAACCGAGCUGAGAAAGAGACUGCUUCGAGAUGCUGUAUUCCGAAUAUGGAUUGCUAUUUUUAGAAGAGUGAGCUUGCAUGAAUAUUCUCGCUCGUUCUCCCCAUAUUCCCCGGGAUGCUUACUCACUUUAUUAGUGAUACGUUACUCAUUUAUUCUAGUACAUUCUACAUAUUCUGGUAGUAUAAAAGCUGUGUAGUUAGUAGGGCAUCGCUAGCGCGAUUGCCG